AUGUAGUCAAUUAAAAACAAUUAUUCCCUAUCAAAAAAAAAAAAAAUUCAAGAACAAUAAUGGAGGGAAAGGGAAUUGAUGAGCGUCAAAUGAAGGAAACAGAGGACAAGGUGACGUCCUCACAACAUGGAUCUGGGUUCCAUAAAAACUCAGAUGAACACAUUAACAUAUGCGGUGUCGAAGAGGGUGGAAAUACUCUCGAAUCCACGGGGAAUGGGGGUUUCAACCAGGGCGCCCACCCGCCCUUCAACUUCAACCCUCCACAGGAGGGUUGCCCCCAUGUUAACAAUAUCGAUCAGCUCGCCAAUCUGAAUGAUGGCGAGUUGCUUUCUCAGGUAUUUGGGGAUCAGCAGAGUGGGAGCAGCUUUGAUCAGAUAGCUGCAGAAGGGGUUCAAUGGUGGAGUAAACGGAUGGAAAAGAUGAGCCCUGAGGAGUUCCAGCAAUUUUAUGCUGCGCUGGGAACUCUCCGAGGAAGGGUGCAAACUCACCUGCAGCAACGGAUCAGAAUUAGAGACUCUAAUUCUGGGGAAACAAGCACCUCUAGCUCUAAUACUAGUGGUACUGGUAGAGCUAGGCGCAGGCGACGUUGAUCAUAUUCUGCUUUGGGCAUUUUAAAUGAGAUAUUGUAAUUUUCCUUCCUUCAG